UGUAAGCUGUCGACUGCUGUCGGUCGUACAUCGUACAGAGAAUCCGGUUCUUGGCUGCCUAGUUGGUUCCUAACAGUCAAUUAAUGCGCACUGCACGCCAAGUGCGUGGUUUGGCUGUAUCUAUUUUCGCGGAACGUUAUCAGGCUGACGCAUAUCAUACCUCCAGGUGAUAGUGGAUAACAGUUGGUGUAAUAGUUGCGUUGGCAAAAAGUCCUAAUGUGAUUGCAGAAAUGGGGAAAGUAGCACGACCAUUCCGACAAUAUAAACACGCUGCCCUUCGCAAGUUCCGGCAAGCCACCAUUAGAGGAAGUAUUAAAUUCAUAUGUGUGCUCUUAUUUGUGCUUAUUGCGCUGGUGCUCAUCAUACAUAAGGAGCGGGAGCUACCCAGAUUGAAAAAAGUUCUCUACCAACGUUACCAUCGAAAUGAACCAUUCUUCAACGGUAGCCCGCGAAACGUGGACCGGGUUCGGGUCGACUGGCAUGACUAUGCGUACAUGAAGCAAGAAGAGGAAAGAGAAGGCCCGGGAGAGCAUGGGAAACCUUUUAAGUUGCAAAAACUGGAAGACAUCCAGCUGGACAAGAAAUUGUUCAAAGAGAAUGGUUAUUCAGCGGUGAUUAGCGACAUGAUUGCUCUGAACCGCUCGGUGCCAGACAUCAGACAUCCACUAUGUCGCAAAAAACGCUACCUCAAAGAAUUACCAACAGUCAGCGUGGUUGUUAUUUUCUACAAUGAGCACUUCAGCACGUUGUUGCGUACUGUUUACAGUGUGCUUAAUCGGUCUCCGCCCCAGCUACUGAAGGAAAUCGUUUUGAUUAACGAUCACAGCACGAAGGAGUUUUUGUGGAAACAGUUGGAUGAUUUCGUACAGAGCAAAUUGGCACCAAAGGUGAAGCUGAUCAAUUUGCCCGAACGAUCUGGGUUGAUCAAAGCACGGUUGGCCGGGGCGAAGGCCGCCACUGGAGAUGUGAUUAUCGUACUGGACUCGCACACCGAGGUCAAUGUGAACUGGCUUCCUCCUUUAAUCGAACCAAUUGCCGAGGAUUAUCGAACAUGCGUUUGUCCGUUUAUCGACGGCAUAGUCUAUGACACCUUUGAAUAUCGUGGUCAAGGCGAGGGAAGGCGGGGUGCCUUCGAUUGGAAGUUUUUGUACAAGCAAUUGCCUCUACGGCCAGGCGAUCAGCUGGAUCCAACAGAGCCCUUUUCAAGCCCCAUCAUGGCUGGAGGAUUGUUUGCCAUCAGUGCGAAGUUUUUCUGGGAGAUCGGUGGAUACGAUGAAGAGCUGGACAUUUGGGGUGGAGAGCAGUACGAGCUCAGCUUCAAGAUUUGGCAAUGUGGCGGCAAAAUGGUUGAUGCACCGUGCUCUCGCGUUGGGCAUGUGUACCGCGGGUAUGCACCGUUCCCAAAUCCCAGAGGAAAGAAUUUUGUUAUCCGGAACUUCAAAAGGGUAGCAGAAGUGUGGAUGGAUGAAUAUAAGCAGUUCCUGUACGAAAGAAAUCCUGAGUUUGACAAAACUGAUGCGGGCGAUCUGACGGAACGGAAAGCUUUGAGAGAGAAGCUACAGUGCAAACCUUUCAGAUGGUUUUUGGAAGAGGUUGCUCCAGAUAUUCUAUUGAAAUACCCCACGCGCGAUCCAAGUCCAUUCGCUUCGGGAACAGUGCGAAGUUUGGCUAACCCGAAGUUGUGUUUGGAUUCAAUUAAUCAUGGUGAAAAGGAGCCAGUUGGACUAUUCGAAUGCGCUGCAAAUAAGACCCAUCCGCAGCAAAACCAACGUUUAAUAUUGUCUUACUUCCGCGAUAUUCGAAUCGCCAGCGUUGAUAAAUGCCUGGACGCCGAGGGCAUUGGUGCUGAAGUGAUCAUGUAUAAUUGCCACGAAUCUCAGGGCAAUCAGCUUUUUAAAUACGACAUCGAAAACCAAGCUAUUAUACACGGAAUGCCCGAGUGGAAUCAGUGCCUCGAUCUCGUGGGACGGAAAGUAAUAAUUUCAGUGUGUGAUCACAGGAAGAAGACACAACGGUGGGAGUGGGGUUUUGUGAAUGAGACGAACUUGAAUAAUUGGAAAUCAUAUGGGUCAGAACUUCUGCCUUAGUUCUUGUUUUUCAGGUUAUUUUUUUCUGUGAAUUUUGAAAGUUUUACUAUUAUAACUCUUUUAUGUUACCUAAGUUUUUGAUUUAAUUUUAAAAACCGUAUUCCGAUUAAAAAGAUUAUUCAGAUUAAUAUCCACAUGU